UCGGGCCGUGAGUCGGAGGCGCUGUGGGAGCUCCGUGCAGCCUUAUCUCGCGUCCGUCGUGGCCCGGCUCCGUGUGCGGCUGUGCGCGGCGGGGAGGCGGCGGCCGCGAGCGGGGACCGUGAGGCUGCGGCCGCACCAUGCUGCGCUUCCUGUGGGACAGCGUCUCCCUGCAGAUGCUCUUGGUUUUCCUCUUGGUCUUCCUGCUGGUCGCUGACUACAUGAAGAGGAGAAAGCCCAAGGACUUCCCUCCCGGUCCUUUUUCCUUCCCUUUCCUGGGAAACGUGGAAUUUCUGAUGGUUAUCAAUGACCCCAUUGGCAUAGUGCAAAAGCUUACUGAAAAACAUGGAGAUGUCUUCAGCAUGCAAAUAGGCAGCCAGUCAUUUGUGAUUGUAAAUGGGCUGCCACUGGUCAAGGAAACCCUUGUGAGCCAGGGAGAGAACUUCAUGGAUCGCCCAGAAAUUCCUAUCAACACAGAUGUCUUUGGCAAUUUGGGGCUGGUCUUCUCCAAUGGGCACCUGUGGAAGCAGCAGAGAAGGUUCACCUUGACCACCCUCCGAAACUUUGGCCUGGGGAAGAGGAGCCUGGAGGAGCGGAUCCAGGAGGAGUGCCGGUUCCUCACGGAUGCGUUCAGGGAUGAGCAGGGAAAUCCUUUCAAUCCUCACCUUAAAAUCAACUGUGCUGUUUCAAACAUCAUCUGCUCCGUCACCUUUGGCAAUCGGUUUGAAUACCAUGAUGAGGACUUCCAAAGCUUGCUGCGGAUGAUAAAUGAGACUGUUACCCUCCAAGGGAAGAUAAUGAGCCAGCUGUACAAUGCUUUCCCUUUCAUCAUGAAGUACCUCCCUGGAUCCCACCAAACUGUUUUCAAAAACUGGAAGUUAAUGAAAAAUUUUGUGUGCAAUGUGAUCAGCAAACACAAGGAAGACCUGAACCCCUCAGAGAGCCGAGACUUCAUCGACAGCUACCUGCAGGAGAUGGCCAAGCCCAAUGGCAGUGACUUCUGUGAGGAUAACCUGGUGGCAUGUACUCUUGACCUACUGUUUGCUGGGAGUGAGACCACCUCCACCACCAUCCGCUGGGCCCUGCUGUAUAUGGCCGUGUAUCCAGAAAUUCAAGCCCGUGUGCAAGCCGAGAUUGAUGCUGUCAUUGGGCAGACACGACAGCCAGCCCUGGAGGACAGGAACAACAUGCCCUAUACCAACGCUGUCAUCCAUGAAGUGCAGAGGAAAAGCAACAUCAUCCCUUUGAAUGUCCCAAGACAGACAGUGAAGGACACAGUCCUGGCUGGCUUCCGGGUGCCCAAGGGCACUAUUAUGAUUGCAAAUAUAUCCUCUGUGAUGUUUGACAAGAAGGAAUGGGAAACCCCUCACAGUUUUAACCCUGGGCAUUUCCUGAAGGACGGUCAGUUCUGGAAAAGGGAGGCUUUUAUGCCAUUUUCUAUAGGGAAGCGCGCCUGCCUGGGUGAGCUGCUGGCCCGCGCCGAGCUCUUCCUCUUCUUCACGGCUCUGCUCCAGAAAUUCACCUUCCAGGCUCCCCCAGACACCAUCCUCGACCUCAGAUGCAUUCUGGGCAUCACCUUGGCCCCACGUCCCUAUAAGAUCUGUGCAGUGCCUCGAUAGGAAGCAGAGCCACUGCUCUUGGAGAAGGAACAUCUCAGCUUUGGCACAGAUGCACAAACUGAGUUUUCAUCAGCCACCAUGUGCCAUGGUAACAACCUCCUCACGUGUUCUGUUUCUUUCUAAGUAAUUGCGGAAUAAUUUCUUUUUACAAGCAGAUCUUGCAGGCUGUGUCAGAUGAGAAGGCCUAUCAGCACUUGAUGGGCUGGGGCACUGGGGCAAUGCCAGUGAAUGAGGAGCUCAGGACGUUUUUAAUUCCAUGCUGGAUGGCCAUGCAUCACAGCUGUGGAUCAGUACUGGUAGAGAGCAACACCUGAGCUCAUCUCACUACACUGGUAAAAGCAGUAAUUGCAAACAGUUCCUACUUUGAACUUAGGAAAGCAAUUUGUCAAAAGAAAAAUACCACAGUGCCCUGUGAUCUCUCUCUCUCAUGAGCAUUAAUAAAUCCCAAUUGAAGCA